GGAAGGCAGAGCUUUCCAGUUGAGCGCGAGGCGGCGUUUAGGAAAGGCCUGGGAGGGUGGUUCGGCGGGAUCCAGUCCCCGAGAAGUUGGGCCUCGGAGUGAGAUCCCAGGCUUGUACUCACCGUAAAGGGUGAGAAAAACUCAAAGUGUCCAGCAGCAGAUGAAUGGACGAGGAGAAGGCCAUCUGUGUAUGCAGGGGAAUGUUAUUCAGCUCUUAAAGGCUAAUAUGGAUCUGCAAAUGUGAAGAAAGUUUAAUUCCAGACUCUGAAGCUUGUCUCAUAAGAAGAGGGUGCUGUCAGAGUUCUGGUCUCAGAUUCCGUGGAUGCCCUGAGAGUCUGAGGACAUGGCUGCAGCAGUGGUGGCUGGACUGAUUCCAGUGUUAUACUCUGUGGCUGCUGACAAAUCUGGCUACUACAUUGGGCGGCAGCUCUGGUUUGGCCUAAUGGCCAUGUAUGGUGUGGUGGUGUAUGUGGUCAACCUGCCCUGGAUCCACAUCCGGAAAGAUUUCUGGUGCCAUGGCAACAUCACCUAUUCAUGUAUCCGUCAUAAGCACUCCAGGGUGAAGUCUGUGGUGUCAGCUACAGAAGUAGAGGAGGGAUCUCUGAUGGGAAUCCAGGAGGAGGUCACCUGUUCAAAGAAAUCCACUGUGGACUUCCACCGGGAGAAGAUGCUAUUGCUGUUAUACCUCCUUCACUUUCUCCUGCAGAUCGGUGUCCAGUGUGUGUUUUUAUAUUUUCUCAUGUACCGACACCUGCCCAUGGUGAUGAAUAGCAUCAUAUACUGUGGCUCGGAAGAAUGCCCUGGCCCCUAUCUCUGUCUGAUCAGGGACAUCUCAGACAAGCAGAUGUCCAUCUAUACUCUGCUCACCUUGUCCUUGGCGAUCAUCUUUCUUUGCUUAGGUUUCUUUGUGUACAGCAUUCACCAUUACCUGCUGAAGGGCCUUUCCAUUAACAAGCUGUGGAUUGAUUAACAUUUGAGAAAUAGUGCCCUUUCAGGCAAAGCUAUUCCUCCCUCCUCUAAAUUUUAUAUUUGAGCCAGGGACCCCUCCUGCUACAUUUCUUGGUUUUUUUUUCCUCUUGUAAAUAAUAAACAUUUGCUGUUCUUAUUUCCUCUCUGUA